AUGGUCAAAUUAGCGCUUCUUAGCUGGCUAGCGGUCGCUGCCCCUGCAUUCUCCGCACCAGCCGAUGUUCUCAGCUCUCUCGAUGCACGAGCCUGCACUACCCCCGCAAACACCCUCAAAAACCCGAGCUUUGAGUCGAGUGCCUUUACACCAUGGGUCUUCAAACCGACAUACAUCAAGCUCGGCAGUGCAACUGUCGUGAAAUCCGGCUACAAAAGCAACCACGCAAUCCAAGCUGCCGGAACCUCCCGCUACAACGAUCCAACCAGCUACAACAAACUCUCCCAGACCUUCAAGAUCUGCAAAACAGCGCGCUUCCAACUCUCAUGGUCCAUGAUUCUGCCCAAAAACAGCGUUGCGUACACAGCACCGAGCAAGCCUGGCUUGUUCGUCCAAGCUAAAGCUCCCGAUGGCCUGUCGUAUUCAAUGGGCUCCUUCAGCUUUGACACCAAGACUUUUAGUAGCAAUAUUUUUACGCCGAGUUUUAAGGGCACGCAUAAGGUUGACCAGUGGGCGAAUUUUGCGGCGGACCUUCCGAACUCGCAGACUGGGACUUGGACGAUUUCUAUGGAGUGCCUCUGCCGCUCCAAGAGAGCGCGUUCUUUCGACAAUGGUCCUCCCCCCGCUCCAAUGCAUAUGUUCUGCUGGGUCAUCCUCCACAAUGCCCGACCGUCAAAGGGGCAGUAUGAAGAGAUUCACUGGCUGUUCCUUUUCUUGUCUCGAGCCUGCUUUCUGAAGAAUGCUGGUCGUGAAGGGAAAACGGGAGGUAUGGCGGAGGAGUUGAAGCUCUUUAGAAAGUUGAAGGAGAAGGGCAUGUGUUCUUCACUGAAGGUACAAGAUGCUUCCAAUACGCAGAUCGAGUCUCUGUAUGAUGAAAUGACUAUGUUGGAUCUCAGCAUGCUAGACCGGCUCGUCAAGAAGCUCAUUGGCGGCGACGAGUUUUAUGGCCUCCAUGAUCCUGAAGCCAUUAUUGCAAGGGGACGCGAACUCGACCGCAAGCACAGCUACAUGUACGGCAACUCUUACGAGAAAGAAGCCCGAAGGAAAGCGGCCGCACUGAGCGCAGGGAUCGGGAAUAAUGAUGGUGGCGGUAGUGCGGGAUGGGGCAGCUAUGCGCGUUAA